UCGGGCGCCCUCUUGCGGCGCAUGCGCCAAACGCAGCGCGAAAAUGGCGAAUUUAAUGUCAAUUUGUCGGCGUUUCGUUUGAAAUAUGUACCCGAGUUUCGUGCAAAAAUGACUGAAAUAGCGGAAAUGACGGUUUCGAAGGAGUCUUGUCGCCUCUGCGAUGAGUUCUCCGACAAGCUUAUCAGUGUUUUCGAGAAAAAUGACGACGGGAAACAAAUAAUGCAACUGAUCAAAGAUUGCUUGCCGAUUAUCAUAUACAGAUCCGACCCUCUUUCUAAAGGCAUAUGCGAAAGCUGCCUGGACAAUUUGGAAAAUUACUCAAGAUUUAAAUGUUUUAUCAAAGAAGUUGACGAUAAACACCGUGAAAAAAUACAGUUCAGCACAGCGACCAAAACCAAGCACGAAUUGCUUUAUUUAGCAAUAGAAAAUGAUGAAAAUAAAGAAUCUGAUUCACAAUCGGAGGAUAACUUCAUCAUGCAUGGAAUGGCUGAUGCCUCAACAUCAACAGAAGAAAUUCCAAUGCUUUGCAUUGGUUGUAACAAAGCCAUAUCUGAAAUACCAAUGAAUGGUGAUAUAGAACUUAAUGGCAAAGACUCUGAUGAGUGUGAAAAAGUGCUCAGAUCGCGUAGAAAGAAACCUCAACCAUUUUAUCACGAACUAGAUGACUCAAUAUGCAGCAGCAUGACUGAGUUUACUCAAAACACUGAAAGCUCCAACUGUUUUGAGGAUAGGGACGAUUUAAACGAUGGUGACUCUGUGGAUUCAGAGGAUGGGGUUAGAGGGAGGAAACGAAGGAGGGAUUUCGAGGAGAAGGAAGUUUCAGGGGGAGGGAUUUUACUGAUUAAAAAAUCUAAGAUUGUGGGGCUUAUAAGUGAGCCUAUGGAGGAGGAGAUUGUUAUUCCACAGCAAGAACAAGAUUAUAUAUAUAAUCCUUUGAAAUUAAUAAAACUCUGCCUGAACAUAAUCAACAUACAAAACGUGCCAGGAUACGUUCCAAGCGAUUUUUACAAGAAGCCGUUUCAGCCGAAAUGCAGGCAUUGCUCGCAACAAUUUCAAAAUUCGAAAGUUCUGGCGCUUCACGAAGUUUGCCAUAUGGACGUUGUCGUCGAAGAUAAAGUUGACAACCCUGCCAUAUGGCCGCCCGGUAAGGAAAACGCCGACAUUCGAAACAAAUGGUUGGCUUAUUUCGAUGAAAACGGAUACGAAGAAGACGAUUUGAUACUGAACCAGUCCCUCCUGAUACCGAUCGAAAUGUCUCAUCUAAAAGAAGACGAACAUGUCGAUGUCGAGACUGUCGAGCUGGUGACUUUGGACGGCGUCAAGCCGGUGGUACGAGGAGUGCCUUUGUCGGAAUACUCCAAAGAGGAACGUAAAAAUUUCUAUCAGAGUUUGGUUGUGGGCGGGGUGAAGAAAAGGUUCUGUCAAAUAUGUCGGUACACUUUCAAAGACAACUGGGCCAUCGAAUCGCACUAUUUUUCGUCGGCAUGUUACUACACCUGCAAGUACUGCGGCAUGAGGUUUAACAAGCAAAGACACAGAUUUGAAGAGCACAUGCAGGAGCACAUGAUACGAGGCGAUCCGAUAAUACAGGACAAAAUCUACGCGCCGUCCAAAGUGAACAACUACAUGCCGAAAGUGAUACAGGGCGACAAAGGCAAAAAACAACCCCUGCCUGCUCUGCAACCCAACCCGCACCUUCUGCAGUCCGCCCUUCAAGGUCACCACCAUCAAAUCAAACAGGAGAAGCCUCCUCAGUCGCUCGACCAGCUGCGCGUGCGCGCGAUGAUGAACAGGCGCAGCCUGCCCAACUUGCAGUCUGCACCCAAAAGCGGUAUGGUAAAGAGGGCGAGCGGUUCGCCGCCUCCCUCGACUGGCCAAGUUACCGUUAAAAGCGAAGUCAUCACGUCGCAAUCGAAGACCGGCAACCAGGCGUACUUUUGCCGGAAGUGUUACAAGGUAUUCUUCAAACUGGACGAGUUCAACAUACACAACAAAAACUGCGACUUCAACCAGUUUCCGGGCUUCGUCGCGUCGAAACCGCCGCCGAUCUUCAACAACGCGUCGCCGAAGCCGGCGCCAGCGCCAAAACCGGCGCCCGCCCCAAAACAACAGAACGGCGAAACGACCGGCAACCGGCCGUCGCUCACCUCGCGCCCCGUACGAAACUGCACGAAGGACACCGGGCCGUACAAAGACGAAGCGUACAUACCGGAGGUGUUGCUGAAGGAGACGGUGGCGCCACCUAGGAACAUCAACAUGCAGGGCCCGCCGUUCGUGUGCUUCAUCUGCGGCACGCCCUUCCCCACCGUUUACUCGAGGAACAGUCACAUGAGAAUACACAAAGGCGAGACCGGCGGCACUGCCAACAACGCGUCCACCAGCAAACCCAAGCAGCAAAACAACUACGUCAGCUACCCGGACAGCUUCAUGAUAAAGCAGGAACCUCUGGAGCCCGAGGUUCAGAUCCACGAGAGCGAACCCACGCCCACCAUGUCGCAAAUCGGCAACGGCGCCGUGAGCAUCACGCCCAUCCCAAAGAAGAACAACCAAAGGCUGACCAUCAACCCGGACAUCUACAAGCUGGUGCAAGACAACCCCAAUAUAUCGCUGCAAAAAAAAUCGCCCGAGAACAAGCAAUCGACCAGCCAAAACCUGCAGCUGAUGCAAAUUCUGGGCGCGAACGAGGACAAGUCCUACAAAUGCUCGAGCUGUUGGGAGGCGUUCGCGAACAAAUCGCAUCUGUAUUUUCACAAGAAAAAUCAGUGCGAGGGGUCGCGUUUCCCCUGUCCUUUCUGCAAAAAACGUUUUGGCACCGAAGCGGCUUACAGUUCCCAUAUUUUCUACAGCCAUCCAGAGUAAAUCUGUCAUAUGGGCUUGACGUUUGAGAUGUCAAAAAAACAUGAACUGUCAGUUUGACCUUUUAAAUGUCAAAAUUGUCAACAAACUGUCAAAUUUGGUGUUAACUAGCAAAAUAUUUCCAUAUGUGAAAGUUGUAAAUAAUAUUAAUAAUAAUUUUGCCACAGCAGGAAACUGAUGAUUUGAAAAAAAAACUACUAGAAAGGAAAAAAAUUAUUGUUUUUUUGUCAAAAAAAUAUAUUCUUCAGUGUAAAAAACUUUUUGUCUGUAAAAAAUAAGACUUAUUCGAAUUUUAAGCACCACACACAGAUCUGUAUAGAACCAGUGAUAAAUACGUAAUACUAAUUUAGUUUUUAUUUAUUAAAUUAUAUUGACUUUAUUUUUUUAUUUUAUUUUUUUUAUGCAGUAUUUGAAUUUAUUUCAUGCAUUUCCACUUAAGAAGUAGAUAUAAAGCCUUUUUUACCAAACCCCAACUCUCUGCUAUGAAAAUGUAAUUUUAAUGUUUUGUAUUAGUUUUUAAUUUAGACUGUAUAUAGUAUGUAUUAAAUAGGAUUCUGACAUAAAUAAACAAUAUAUUUAAUAGUU